AUGGCGCUCUUCUCCAGAGUGACGGAGCAGUACGGAGAGUUAGUGAACUUCAUCAUCCGCCCGCCUCGAGAUGACAGCUACACAGACACAGACCUCGGACCUCCCGUCUUCCCUCUCGGCCGCAAAGUCUUCAAACGCACUGAUUUGGAACUGGUGAAUCGACGAAACCAGCGCCUGCAAUGCAGCCACUACGAACCUACAGAUCCGUUCCGGCCACAGGAGAAGUUGCCAUGUGUGGUGUAUCUGCAUGGGAACUGCUCCUCGCGAGUUGAGGCAUUGGGGACGCUCCCUAUCCUGCUGCCGCAAGAUAUAACAGUCUUCGCCUUCGACUUCUCGGGGAGCGGCAAGUCUGAAGGGAACUACGUCUCUCUCGGGUGGUGGGAACGAGAGGAUUUGGACGUUGUCGUCGAACACCUCAGAUCCACGGGCCGAGUCUCCACGAUUGGGCUUUGGGGCAGAUCGAUGGGGGCUGUCACGGCGCUGCUGCAUGCAGAUCGCGACCCGUCGAUCGGCGGCAUGGUCCUCGAUUCUCCCUUCUCUUCCCUCAGACGCCUGGCUGAGGAACUCGCGGGCGUUGUGGUUGCCUGGAAGCUGCCGCGAUUGGUUCUCAACUCACUCCUCGCCAUGGUGAGAACAACGAUCAUCAACAAGGCGUCCUUCGACAUCAACAACUUAGCCCCAAUCGAUCAUGUCGAGCACACCUUUAUCCCCGCCUUGUUCAUUGUGGCAAAAGACGACACCUUCAUUUUGCCAUCCCACGGCGAAGACUUGUACGCCAAGUACGCAGGAGACCGAAACAUUCUGCACGUGGACGGCGAUCACAACAGCGUCCGGCCGCGGUUUUUGAACGACUCCGCUGCGAUUUUUUUCCACACGUGUUUAACCGUGCAGGCGCUUCGUGCCGGCCAACGCGCGGACCAAAAUUCUGUUUCCUCGAGUCUUAUCGGCAGACGUGAAUCUUCCUCGUUUUCGCGAAUUCCCGUGGCCCACGUUGCAUGCAAAACAAUCUGCUGUUUGCUUCAGACUCGGUCGGCGCCUGGCGAGGCAGACCAACGCGACGCCUCCCUCGACUUUGGCGAGCUGCCGCUCCUGCCGGGUUCGACUGCGUCCUCGCCGUCUUCCCUACGCUCCAUUCGUCUCCGUUCACGUCAGACGUCUACGGCGUCUGUUCACAAUCUCCGCGGCGACUCUCGACAGCGCACUGACGAAUCUUCUGCCUCUGCUCGUCCCUCGUCCUCUUCGUCCUCUUCGUCUUGCGCCUCUUCAGCUUCCUCGUCGACGUCGCCUCAAGCAGUGAGAUCUUCGUCGCUCUUUGGAUUCCCGAGGAGUCUGUGGCGGGCGCAUUCGGGCGGCUCCCAGCCAGCUGAAGGCAAGCAGAGAAAGGAGGGAAAACCCGCGAGAAGCGGCGCUCUCAGGGUUGCGAAUGCGUUCCGCAGGCGUAACAACGAGGAAGAACAGACGCCGCGUGCUGCCGAGGACGGGGCGAGUCGCAAAGCGUCUUUGCUCAACCUUGGCUUCGAGGGCGAGGGACAGGGGACUCGAGGCGUGACAGAGAGAGGCGCCAGAGAGAGACGAAGCGAGUCGGAGCCCGACGGGGCGCUGAGGGAGUACAACACAGACGACUUUCGAGAACUGUUGACAGACGACGUCAGCGGAGACAAGUCGCUCGGCGCCGCCUGCCACAACUUGUAUGACAUGCGACGCCCUGAGGCCGCGUGGGGAUUCGUCCCUGGCAAUUCCGGCGGGCUGCAAUUCCUCGCGUCCGAGGGCUAUCUUGAUGACGAGGACGAGAUUGUUCAGCGUGCCGUCGCUUUGUCUCUGGAGGAGUACCUUUCGUCUCAGAAGAGUCGCCAGAACUCGGCUGAGGCCGACGGGCCUGCGCGGUCGAUCAGCAGCAGUCAGUCGCUUCCUCACGUGAACGAGGCGCCGGAUACCGACCGUCUGGAGCUGCAAGGUCGGACGGAGGCGCAACAAGGCAAGGCCUUGGAGAUGCCUGAGGGAAAGCUGGAAGACGAGGGCGGCCAGCCGUGGACAAGUGUGCCGCCUCGGAAUGCCUCUCAGACACAAGGGAUGAAGCGAAAGGAACGUCUCUGCGCGCUUCUCGAAGACGCCGAGCAGCUGAGAGAGAAGGGAAACGAAGGCGGAGACGCGCGCGAGCAGGCGAGUGAUCUGUGUGGCGGAAUGUGGGACCGUGGCGGGAUCGAAGAAGACAGACUCUCGGACAAUCGACGUCUCUCUCGUUCGCCUGGUGCCUCGCAAGUGUUCCGACAAAGCGACCAAGCUGUGUCGCCCUCGGGAUCGCCUCGGCCACCUCUGGCCCUGCCGGGAUCUUCUGGUUGGCCCGAAAGUGUCUCUUCGCCCUCAGGCGCCGGCGCCUUGGACCCACUCUCGCAGACCGCAGACCGGGCGCCGGAGGCUCGAGGCCGAUCGCGCGCGUCGCUCUCCCGGUCGUCGUUUUCGCGCCCCGUCUUCUCCUUCUCAUUCUCGAAGAAGAAGGGAAGAGACAAAAAUGCAGACGCGGCGGAGUGA